AUGGCAAUUGUGAUUUGGGAUGGUGCAGCUCACAUUGCCAUUCUUGAGGCUUGUGUGGCAGAGCAGGAUGGGGCAUACAUGGUUGUAACACCCCCUCUCAUUGAUCUCUCAAUUGGAGAGAUGACACCUGCACCCCCAAAAUUUGAGGAUGCCUCUGCCAUUGAGGGCCUCCUGUUUGAGUACAACUGGGUUGUUCAACCAGAGGUUCCAGAUAUGUCUGGCGAAAUUGUGGACCUGGGUGAUCCAGGCAACCUGGUCCCAGAAUAUGAUUCUUCCAAUGACAUGGAUGUUGAGGUAAAUGUUGAAGUGUCUUCUGAGGAGGUUGACAUGGCUACAUAA